UGAUAAUAAGCGAUAGUUGGUGUUUUGCAACCAACGGAAACGGUUACAUUGUCAUGAUUAAAAAGUUUUAAAAUUAUAUUGUGAUAUAAAAGAUGGAAAAACUUGCAAUUCUUCUUCUCAUAUCAAUAAGUAUAACAGAAGGAAAUCCUGUAAUAACAAGACAGACGCUAAUACGUAAAAAUGAUAGAGAACAUCUUUGCUCGAACCUUCUAAACUUUAACAAACUAUUCUACGCUUUAGACAGUCAGAAAAAUGUCAGCGGAGUUCCUGCGGAUAUGAGCGUUCAUUGGAAGACUGGCAAAGUAUAUUUUACAUUAAUUAGUGAAGAAAUGAAAAUGAGUCUACAAGUUUUACAUCCUAGUGGAGAAAUUGAUACUAUCAAAGUCGCUGGACUCGGUCAAUCUACUUGCAUAGACAAUUUAAAUGACAUUGUUUAUCUCGCAACAGAUAAUGGCGUUUAUAAAUACAAAGAAGACGGUUCCAUAGAGUUAUAUACUGCACUAGGCGAAGACGUUAUGUAUGUGGCUGUGACCAGCGAUGGUGGAACCAUGUUCGUAGCAACUUGGCCUCAAAAUAGAGUUCAUAAAAUAACAGCCGAAGGACAGAAGCAAGAAUCAUUUCCCGCCAUACCUAACGGUCACGGAUUGACCAUAGACACUAGAAAUAAUAUUUAUUUCGUUGCUACAAAAACGUCAUACGUUUUAAAAACUGGAUAUAGUAUACCGAUUAAAAUUAAAGGGUUGCCAAGUGAUAAAAUGACUGGAAUAUUUAUUAGUAGAUCAGAUGAUGUAUACGCUAUGGAUGAAAAUAGUAAUUUGUAUUUAAUUGAUCCGAAUAGUGUCAGUGCAAAACAAUUGGGUUCUUUCAGCGUUAGCGGAGUCAAUUCUUUCGCUAUGGAUGCAGCUGAUAAUGUUCUGAUCGGUGUGAAAGGGGCUUUAUUGAAAUUCAACGCAUACGAAAAGAAUCCAUGCAUGCCGAUUGAAAAAAAGAAUCAAAAGGGGAAACGGCACAGCAGGCGUCGUAAACACAAAAAGAGGACUACGACCACAACAGAGGCCGGUGAUGACGAGGAAGAAUAA